CGAGUCCAUCGUAUCCUCUCUCAGAAGUAGGUUUUUUCGUAAUUUAACCCGACUCCGAAGGCCUACCUUUCUCUGCUCCACGCAUUUGAUUUGACUCUCAUCGAUUGAUUUUUUAUUUUUAUUUUUUCUAAUUAUACACAUCGAAUUUGCAGAUGCUUAGAAUCAGAGUCACAGAGUGCUCAUUUUCCCGUGAAUAAUCUCCGCAAAAUACCGAAUUUUAGUUUCUGUACUAUCGAAUCCAAUUUUUUUUUUUUUUUUGCCCUUUUUGAUCGAUGCAACUUUCGUCUCAUUUGGUAAAAAGUUCCAAUCAGCAACUCAUCAUACUAGUUUAGGGAUAAAUUCAGAGAUAAUAUUGUAUAGGGUUUGCGAUCAUUCGAGUGCUUUGAUAGGAAUUGGUAUUAGGGUUUUGGUUUUGUUCGAAAUCUGGUUGCGAUCGGUGACAUGAAGAUCGAAGAGUUGGACGAGGUUGAAUCUGACGGCAAAUACGAUCAAGACCGUGUUGGAGAAAGACAGAUUGUUCGGGUCGACGCGAAGAGAGCAUUGGUCGGGGCGGGAGCUCGGAUUCUUUUCUACCCGACCCUUCUGUACAAUGUUUUUCGGAACAAGAUUCAAGCUGAGUUCAGAUGGUGGGACGAAGUUGAUCAGUUUGUUCUGUUGGGGGCGGUCCCAUUUCCUAAGGAUGUUCCUCAGUUGAAGCAGCUUGGUGUUGGUGGUGUCAUCACCCUUAAUGAGUCCUAUGAAACUCUGGUUCCAACAUCGUUGUACCAUGCCCAUGGGAUAGACCACCUGGUUAUUCCAACCAGAGAUUAUCUAUUUGCUCCUUCAUUUGUGGAUAUAAACCGAGCUGUAGAUUUCAUUCACAAGAAUGCAUGCUGUGGUAGGACCACAUAUGUUCACUGUAAAGCUGGGAGGGGAAGGAGCACAACCAUUGUGCUUUGCUAUUUGGUGGAGUAUAAGCACAUGACUCCUGCAGCUGCCCUGGAAUAUGUGAGGUCUAGAAGACCUCGAGUGCUCUUGGCUCCUUCUCAGAGGAAGGCAGUUGAAGAAUUUAAACAGCGGCGUAUGGGUUCUAGUGCAGUGUCUCCUCCAGGGGAUGCAGUGUUGAUUACAAAGGCAGAUUUGGAAGGGUAUCAUGGAACCUGUGAUGAUGAUGGUGGUAAGGAGGAGCUGACAAUGAUCCCAAGUGUGGGAAGGAGUAGGCCCAUGAUGGCAAGGCUGUCGUGCCUCUUCGCAUCCUUGAAAGUUUCUAGUAGUUAUGGAGCAGUUGGCAGGCAGCAGAUGGCAGAGGCUCGUGCUUGCUAAUAAUAAGCCCAUUUUACAGUAAUAAAUUAAAUGUAAAGAGGAGCAUGAUGGAGGAAAUAGGUUUAAGAAGAAGAAUCAAUUUCCUGUGCUUCCUUCGGUAAUAUUGUGUUUUAAGAUGAGGUAGAGAGAAAUAAAGAACUGAAGUGCUCUAUUCUGUUGGUCUCACUUGUUCUACCUGGUUUAUAACAACUAGGCAUCACUUUUUGUUAUUUUCGGUGUCAGUUGGUCCUUCCUUUACUCAUUCCAUUUAGAAAAAUAGUAAUUGUAAAUUAACCUAGUGCUGCAGCAUUAGGAAAACAAGUACCUACUUGUUUUUCGUUUAUUAGAUGAUGAUUACUAAAA